CACAAUUCAGUCUAAUGGUGCAAGUGUUCGAUAUUUGGUCGUCAUCACUGGCAUCAUCACGUGACGAGUGUCUCGAGAGUUCAUUCUCAGUCUGGAACGCUUUGAUACACUUCAUGUUUUAUUAUUAAUCGUAGAUUGGCCGUUGACGACUGCGAGCUGUAGAAAUUUCGACGUAGCUAGUUAAUCAAGAUGGCCGAAGAUGUCAUAACACAUUUAGUAGGUGAUUUUGGGCCAUGGCAGCGGCGUGUACUGUUCUUAUCAUGGCUUGUUGGAUUUUCCGUGGCCUUCCACAACCUGGCCGUAUCUUUUUUCAUGCCCAACAUAGACCAUUGGUGCAGCAGACCACCAUUCUUAAGUAACAUUUCGUAUGACCUUUGGAAAAACUUGACCAUUCCGAUAGAAGAAAUUAGAGGCCAGGUUAGGUACAGCCAGUGUCAGAUGUAUGAGUUGGGUGAUGAAGACAACUAUCUUUUAAACUACCUCAACAUGACGGAACUUCCAGCAACUGUAAUAAAUAGGAGCGUUUCUUGUGCCUCAUGGGAUUACGAUAGGAGUCUCUACAAAGGGACCAUUGUCGAAAAGUGGAAUCUUGUGUGUGAAAGAGAAGCACUUCGAAGUUUAAUGCAGACAAGUUACAUGGUUGGAUUUCUGGUGGGAUCGAUUGUGUUUGGAACAAUAUCCGACAGGUUUGGAAGAAGAACCACUGCUUUAUUGUCGAUCCUUAUAAGUAUCAUUGCUGGUAUUAGUGCAGCCUUAAGUCCGUAUUACUGGCUCUUUCUCCUCAUGAGGUUUAUAGUGGCGCUUGGUGUGGCUGGCUUAGCCAAUUCUGGCUUUGUUUUAGUGAUAGAAGUGUGUGGGCCCACAAAGAGAUCUACUGUGGCUGUAAUUAAAGAGCUAGGAUUUGCUGUGGGGCUGAUGGUUUUGGCUGGACUUGCUUACCUGUGGCGUGAUUGGUUCCCGCUUCAACUGACCAUAUCUAUUUUUCCCCUGAUCACGUUUGUUCUUUAUUAUUGGUUUCUACCUGAAUCUCCACGUUGGUUGUUAACCAGAAACAGGAUAGCAGACGCAGAAAAAAUACUCCACAAAGCAGCGCUGCUGAACAAUACUUCUGCUCCCAAUGUUUCUUCUGACCGACGGGAAAUAUUGAAUAAUCAUAAACGUGCAGGCCCAGCAAACCUCAUCGUUCACACAGUUGUAGAUUUAUUAAGAACACCGAACUUGCGUAAAAUCUCAUUGAAUAUGUUUUUCUGUUGGUUUAUCAACGCAUUUGUUUAUUAUGGGUUGUCCUUGGGAGUUGUAGAUUUGGACGGAAACCCUUAUUUAAAUGUCUUUAUUUCUGGAUUAAUGGAAAUACCUGCUUACGUCUUGACAAUUUUUGUCCUUCACCAGUGGGGGCGGCAGUAUCCUCUAUGCUUUUUUAUGGUAAUUGGAGGAAUCUCCUGUUCGAUAAUGCCUGCAGUACCACAAGAUAUGGAUGUUGUGAAGGUCGUCUUGGCGAUGUUUGGAAAGUUUUGUAUUACAUCUUCUUUUGAAAUCGUUUACAUCUACGGGGCGGAACUCUAUCCUACAACCAUCAGGAACAUGGGAAUUGGGUGCUCCUGUAUGUGUGCUAGAGUUGGUUCGGCUGUGGCUCCAUUAGUGCGUUACCUGGGAGUUGUCUUAGAUCCUAACGUGCCUCCAGCUGUCUAUGGCAGCUUAGCUGUAACAUCGGGCUUAUUAGUAUUGUUGCUACCUGAAACUAAAAAUCGUUCACUACCAGAAACGUUGGAAGACGGAGAAAAUUUUGGAAGGAAAGAGAGAUCGUCCUCUGAAAACCCACAGAAAAAGAUAAAAGCUCCUACUCAGCGAAACAAAGAUACUUCAGUAGAAGACUAAUCUACAGAUAAUUUAUCAUUUAUUGAAUUUUUUUGCGUCUUAUACUUGAAAUAUGAAGUUAAUUUCUGUUAUUAUCAGUAUUAUUCUAUAAGAUAUUGGGGUGGGCUUAAGCUUUAGAUUUUUGUAUUCAGAUAUUCACCGUAUUUCUAUUAUUAUGAAUAUAUUUAAAAAAAGAGGUUGAACGGAUCUGUAUAAAAUGAUAUACUAUAUAGAAUAAAAACUUUAUACAAA